UAUUUGUGUCUUAAUUUCUUCUUCCCCACAACACUUAAUAUAAUUAAUUACUACUCUCUUUUCUCUCUUUAUUCUGUUUAAUUUGCAGACAACAACUUUAAAAGAAACCAAGUGAAAACUACUACAUACUCACUAUGGGAAGAGCUCCUUGUUGUGACAAAAAUGGACUUAAGAAGGGUCCAUGGACCCCUGAAGAAGAUCAAAAGCUCAUUGAUUACAUUCAAAAACAUGGCUAUGGAAAUUGGAGAACUCUUCCAAAGAAUGCUGGACUUCAAAGGUGUGGAAAGAGUUGCAGGCUUCGUUGGACAAACUAUCUAAGGCCAGAUAUUAAAAGGGGAAGGUUCUCUUUUGAAGAAGAAGAGACAAUCAUUCAACUGCAUAGUGUUUUAGGGAACAAGUGGUCUGCUAUUGCUGCGCGUUUGCCCGGUAGAACUGAUAAUGAAAUCAAGAACUAUUGGAACACUCACAUCAGAAAAAGGCUUUUGAGAAUGGGAAUUGAUCCAGUAACUCAUAGUCCACGCCUUGAUCUUCUUGAUCUUUCUUCCAUUUUAAACCCUUCACUCUACCAUUCAUCUCAUCAAAUGAAUCUUUCAAGAUUGUUUGGUCAUGUCCAAUCAUUGGUAAAUCCUGAAGUUUUGAGAUUAGCUACUUCUCUUUUAUCCUCACAACGCCAAAACUCUAACUUUUUAAUGCCAAAUAAUCUUCAAGAAAAUCAAAUAUGCAAUCCUCAAGUCCAAAACCAAUUGCCACAAAUGGUCCAAAUUACUAGCCAAGUUCAAAACCCUAUUCAAGAUAUUCCAACUUGCACCACUUUAUGUACUACUUCAUGUGUUCCAUUUUCAAGUGAAGCUCAACUCAUGCAGCCACCUACAAAUAUGGAACAAUUCUCAUCAAAUCUUGAAAACUUUAGCUCACAAAAUUGCCAAGUAAAUGAGUGGCAAAGCAAUGGGGUUCCUUCAAAUUUGACUGAUGAUUAUUUUGCUGUACAAAAUUAUGGGUACUAUCAUGAGGUGGAUCAGUCCAUCAGGGAUCCUCCACCGUCCGAUGCUUCAACAUUUCAAUCCAACGAUAGCAACAACUUCAGCUUUCAAUCUGUUUUGUCUAAUUUAUCGACGCCUUCAUCAAGUCCCACGCCAUUGAAUUCAAACUCAACUUACUUCAACAACAGCAGCAGCACAACUGAAGAUGAGAGAGAUAGCUACUGCAGCAACGUGUUGAACUUUGAUAUCCCAAAUAUUUGGGAUUCCACUAAUGAAUUUAUGUAAUUUUACUCUUUUAAGGAACCAGAUAAUACAGUUCGGAAGAGGUUUUUUUUUUUUUUUUUUUUUUUUUUUUUUUUUUUAAAUAUUUUACCUCUGAGCUUUUGGACAUGCUGUUGAUUCCUGUG